UUUAUUUGUUAUCGUAGGGAGUGCUUAUUAUCUUCUCAUCAAAUUUUAUAAAAUUGCUAAUAAAUCCCAAAUAAAUCUAUAAAUAUGUUACCAUUAAAUCAACCCACAAUACUAGUGCCAAAUUUAUAUAAAUAAAUUUAUAAACCACCCUCUUCGAAAUGCCUCAUAAAAUGCCAUUGAAAAAAGGACAAUUUCUGCGUCAAUAUUGUGACCAUUUACAUGAAACAUGAAAGAAUAUUUUUUAUCAAUCCAUUUACGAAAAAAAUAUAUAUAAUAGAAUAAAUUAUAUAUUAUAAGCAAUGAAAUGAAGGCUCUAUUAGUGUUAUUAAGAUUAAUCGGUUUAGUAAUUUUCUGGACACAAGCACAAGCCCUGUGUCCUGAAAUAUGUGUUUGUGACAAAAUCAAGAACUCCUUAAAGGUGAAAUGUGGAGGGAGUGCUUCAACAAAGAUAACCAGCAUGAAAGAAUUAGACUUUGCUGAAGACACCGAAAAUAUUGUAGCAUUGGAUCUGGGCGAGAACCAAAUUUCCAAUAUUAUUAAAGAUGACUUCGCAAACUUUACCAACUUGAGACGGCUGGAUUUGUCAAACAACUCGUUGAGAUUUAUCGACGAUUCUAUGUUUGGGGAUAUUCCCAAUUUGGAAAAAUUGAAAUUGGCAGCCAAUCUAAUUGUGCAUAUUUAUCAAGGAUCAUUUGAAAACUUGAAAAUGCUUAAAGUACUGGAUAUUUCCAACAAUCCACUGGCAUGCGAUUGUGAUCUAAUAUGGUUAGUUGCCUGGUCUAACGCUUUAGCCGUUAAACUUUAUCAAGCACCCAAGUGUGAGACUCCAAUAGAUUUCAAAGGUUCCCCCCUGAAGAAGCUAAGAGUUGGAUCAGAUUUGCAUUGUGAGUCUCCAUUGCAACCGCUAUUAGAACUGAAACCGGACGCAGACCAGCUUGUUUUUGAAGGUGAUGAAAUAGUUCUAAGAUGUCGAGCGCCACGAGUGGCCGUUGGUGCACCCAAAGAUUCUGAAGAUCUUCCAGCUAGAGCACAUGUUUUUUGGGGUUGGUCUGAAAAAAUAGUUGAGCCCAAUUCUACCGAUGACAUUGUCUACAAGGAUCCCACCAAAUAUUUUCCUUCAAUUCAAAUCGAUGCAAAACACCUCUCGGACAGUGGUCUUUUGGAUUCUAUAUUAAGAAUUCCAUCUGUCACACGCAAUCACACAGGCCUAUGGGACUGUCGCUUACGCUCCCAACAAGCCAAUCUAUCACGAACUAUAGCAAUAAUGGUUAUAUCAGAGAAAACAAAAUAUUGUCCUGCGCUGGAUGUGCACAACAAUAAGGGAAAGUACUUCUGGCCGCGUACAAUUCGAGGCCAAUUAGUACGUCAACCUUGUCUAGGGGAAGCCCUUACCGAGGUAUAUGCAACAUAUUUUUGCAACGACAACGGCGAAUGGGUAGAUCUCAAUACAUCACUUUGCCCUUUUAUUAGUGAAAACACGAAAAUUCUCGAACAAUUUGCCAAAGUAAAUCUUUCAUUAGCCAAAGGAAGCGUCCUCGAGAGUGCCAAACGACUGCGAAACUAUACACAGUUUGAUGAUAACUUGCGAAGACUUCGUGACCCCAUUGACAUUGUGUUCAUAACUAGAACUCUCAGAAAUUAUUUGGUAUUUGUACGACAGGAAAAGGAUUUAGGUUCUAUGUUGUUAGACAUUGUUUCACAGCUUCUCAUUUUACCCGAACGAAUACUUCACGAAGCUCAAGCAAUGGACGGAUGUGGAGUAAAACUAAUAAAUGCUGUAGAAAUAGCCGCCCAGUUUACACCAUACAUUCAACAUUCUGCACUCGUGCAGAGCACCGAUAUCCAUCAGACAACUCAUAAACCACAUCUUUCUAUAGACUUUUUUAACAUACGUUCGGACUCUUUUACAGGAAUGUCUUGUACCUGGAUUCGGUCAGAAGUCGAUGAUAACAAGCGAAUUUUUCAAUGCAACGCUAUGAAUCAAACAUUGGACAUUUUUGGACAACAUAUUGAUGCAUCUAUUCAAAUUCCACCGAAUUUCUUGCAUCCAAAUUUUGCCCAUCAGUAUAUGUCACAGAAACUCAUGGUUGCUGUAUAUGAAAAUGGAAACUUCCUGCCACACCAGAACAACGAUUCUAACUUGCUUAUAACGUCUGUUGUUAUUGGUGCCAAAAUAAUUUCCGACUCAGAAAAUAUUCGCAAUGUCAGUGAGCCAAUAUCGUUGAUGCUUAGAGUACGUGCCCAUCACAACAAAUUGAGUGCUCCUGUUCCAGCUUGGUGGGAUUCUGAAACUAAUUCGUGGUCUAGCGAAGUGUGUCAGAAUUCAUACUAUUAUCGAGGUUUAUUGGUGUUUACAUGUAACAGACUAGGCUAUUAUGGUCUUUUACAAAACCGCAAACACUUGAAUGAUUUCAUUGAUGAAAAUGCAGGUGCUCGUUUUCGGUACUCACCUCUUGGAUUCUACAUUGGCUGCUCAGUAUUAUUUGUUUGCGUCUGGAUAAAUAUCGUGACCUAUAUCACAUUCGGACGUUCAAUUCAAAUGGCCCGACGGCAUCGACACUCCCUCGUUAACACCUGGUUGGCUAUAUCUGCACUGAGUUUUAUAUUUGCUCUUGGAAUCUACCAGACCGAAGACUACAAAGUAUGCCAGAUAAUUGGAAUCAGUAUCCACUAUUUGAGUCUCUGCGUAAUUUUAUGGGUUUGUGUGAGUGUGAGCAAUAUGUAUAAACGCUUAUCCAAACGAAAUCGCCUUCCUAUGGAAGAUUUGCCUAAAGAAAAUAUCGGAAGCAAGCCAAUAUUGGGAAUAUACCUUGUUGGUUGGGGUAUUGGAAUGAUUAUAUGCGGAAUAAGUGGAGCUGUCAACAUGCGGGAGUAUGCAUCUUAUUCUCACUGUUUUCUAGACAAUGGACCGUCAUUAAGUGCGAUUUUUGUUCCAUCUGUUAUCUUACUACUUUUUCUGGCUAUUUUGUUUAUUUGCGUGCGAUGUCAUAUAAGGACAUCACUUGAUCAUAACGGACAUUUUUCUGAGAUCACCCAAGGUACAGAGAAUGUAGAUCUUGAGUUGUUGGAAUCUAUUCACAAUGCUCCUCAUCAUCAUUAUAACCCUUCGGACAGAUAUCGAAGCCUAUCGCUUAGCAAUCCUUCGACUAGCAUGCUCGAGGAUGUGGAACAUACCAAUUUGGCUCAGCUGAGAGCACAUUUUGUCUUCCUUUUCCUUUACAUUGUAUGUUGGAUAAGUGCGGCUUCCAGUGUUGCGACACCUUUCAAGGACACACUUGAUUAUGAAGAAGAGGCAUUUAGUAUAAUAUUCGCCAUCACGUGUUCCAUUUUGGGUAUUUUUCUUUUGGUCUUUUACUCUAUUUCCCGUAGUGACGUCCGUUUUCAAUGGAGCCAAUUGAGCUGUCGGAACUUUUGCUGCUGCCGUUCAAGAAAUAUAAGUGACCACACAAAAGAAAUUAACACUACUGUGACAUACCAUCAGACCUGCGAAACAGUUCACUCUGCUUCCCGAUCCAAUAGUCAAUGUUCAAAAAAUCGACCGCCCAGUUCUCGCAGUAAUCAUCUGAAAGGUGAAAUGAAUCGAAUUGAUAGCCCUAGCAAAUUGUUAACACCAUCGGCUUCAGCGAGUAUUGUGCAACUGAAUCGCCAGCAAUAUGUGCACAAUCCAGUGAUUCUUACACAAGAAAUUCCCAAUGCUGAUAUAUUCUACAAUCCCAAUCAGAUAAAUGUGGCGCGGAAAUUCUUUAAGAAACAAAAACGACUUGCCAAACGAAACAAUUUUGAAUUGCAGCGUCAAAUGGAUCGAUGCGACUAUGGUGAUGGGAUGAGUGAUAUUUCUUCAACAGUUGGCAUAGGGCCGUAUCAUUCAAAUCGACAAAGAAACAUGUCGAUUUUUAGCACAGGGAGUAAGGUGAACAACACUAAUAUCCACGUCAGAGGUGACGUAUGUAAUUUUUCCAAAGAAGCUCGACAACAGAGUUUAAAUCCAAACAUUCUCUCAGAUAGUUGCAAUGAGAGCGACAUGAUUGUCGAUGCUGAACGUUUGGUCUUGGGCGCUGAAGGUAUGCGAGCGCUAUCGAAUCGCAGCAAAAUGAACAAUAACGAAAUGGUAGCAAAUAUUUAUACCAAUGUUCCAGAAACUGCACAGCCACAGCAUGAAAUUGUAACGAUGCGUGCCGAUGAUAAGUUCAGAAAAUCACUGAACGUUGAAAAGUUCCUUGAACAAGAUGAAAUCGACAUGGAGCGGAAUGAUUUGAAUUCACAAAAUGAUCGUAACAGUACUCCGCUUUAUGUUAAUGGAAACAUAAGGAAUAUAAUAACAAAUCGAACAGCAGAAUCGAGUUGCGUGAGCAGUGUGAACACCAGCUGUAGUCCUAGCAAUACGAUGUUGGAAACCAAAAUUACCGAACCAGAACCAGCUAACCUUACUCCCAUAGAUGCAAUGAAUACAAUCGGAUUACCCUCAGUAGAAGCUCCUCCUUUAGUAGAAAGUAGUGUCGAUACUCUGAAUACAAGUAGCGAGGAAAAUACUCUGGAUUUAGACAAAAAUGAAACCUAUGUUUCGGAGUCGAUACAAAUUGCCGAUAGGGCCUAUUAUACAGGAGACGAUGCUCCAAUAAGAAUAAGCCAUUCGAAGAAAUCAAAAUCUAUGUUGAGCCUUAAUGCGGAAACAUCCCAUCUAAAUGGUGGCAGUGGAAGAAAACGCUUUGUCAAUUAUAGUAAAAAUCAUGUGCGAUCAAUUUCUUGCAGUAACUUGUCACAGAUAGGUGAUGAGUUCCUUGGAAGUAAUAUUUCUAAUCCAGUUCCAAUUCGGACAAUAGCCGAAAAUCGGCCGGGCCUCAGCAGUCCGAUAUUAUUUUCACCGAGCCUUUGUGAGAUCAACGAUUUGCCUUCGCCGCAAGAUCGAAGGAAACCUCUUGUUGUGGCCGAUGAUGAGUCAAUUUCGCUGGAAGAUGCGCUCAGCGAAGUGGCUGUUUAUAGUCAAGGCAGCAAUGUCAAUUCAGAUUCACUUAAUAUGUUUGCUCUUAGUAUUCGACGCACAUUCGCCUCAAGUCCUGCAUGUGAAAGUGAUCUUAAUUAUCAAAAUUCAGAGCUCAGCAUUCGGAGUCAUGGGCUGUACGCUCCUCAACCUGAUAACGAUUUGAACUUGACCCUAACUGGUGAUGUUUACUAUCCUUAUCAGUCUUCAGAGGUUAGCGAGAUAGACGAAGCCGAUAACGAUUUCGAUGAAGAAAACGAUUUCGAUGAUUUCAACAGCUGUUCCAACGACUGCCUUCUGCCAUCGGAAACUGCCGAACAAGAUCACAACAGAAGUCAUGCCUCUUUAGAUGAACUGUACGAACAGAUAACCAGAAGAUCAAUUUCACAUACAUCUGAUUUGGAAGGAAACGCCGAAGGUAGUUCUAUUAUAAGCAAACCGUGCGAUUUUACUGAAGUUGACACCACCAGAAGUAGUCAAACAGGUAAUAGUAGUUACCAGCAGAAAGAUACUACCACAGAAACAGUAGAAGAUGAUAGCAGCCAAGAUAGCAUUAUUUCUUAUAUAGAUCCCAACGGGCGAGGAGCGGCUGCUAGUUCGCUUAUUACUCAACAAAAGUAAUACUCGUUUGUUGUUUUUUUAUUUUUUUGUUUAUAACAAAAUGCAUUUAUGUAUCUGUACAAUUUUAGUCGAUAAGCCAAGAGUAUUUAUUUAUCGUAUUUUAAAUAACUCAACAGAUUUUUUUUAAUCAACAUUAUUUAACCGCAUUACAUCAAUCGCUAUUUAUUCGUUUUGCAGGUAUAACAGUUUUUUUUUAUUUUUCAUUUUUUCGAUAUAAGCAUUUUUUUUCGCCGUUUCUCCUAACAUAGACUGAACAUAAUUUUACUAGAAUUUUUAUAAACAACGAGAUGCAUUGAAAAAUAAAAAAAAAAUAGUUCUUGCCUGAUUGUCUUACAUAGUUGUUAGAGAAUACACUCAAAAAAGAAAUUGUAUUAAGUAUAAAUAAUGUAUAAGUUUUUUUCUAUUCAUAAAUUAUUGUAAAGAUUUGUUUAAAUAAAGCCAGAAUUAAAGA